CUCUGAACCCGCCGGACGGCGGAACUGCAACCAGUCGAUGAUCAGUUUACCGGUGAUCGUGAGUGGAUCGAGAGUGCUGUGCGCGGAAAGCGAAAAAAAUCGAGGACGUCGUUGGAAAAUUACCGAUAAUGCACACGGGCCGAUUUUCAGAAUCGUGAUUCGACGGUUGCGCGCGACCUCUCUCGACUAUCGCCCGAGAUAACGUUCUCUGUCUUAUCGAGUUGGCGAUAAAUUUUUGCCGACGAAAUGCGACAGCGCGGUUUUGAUUAGAGUUCGAGAGUGUUUCGUGUUUCGUUGGUGAUUCGGGUGGACCGCGAGACUUGGUCGUUGUUCGAGCCGCCUGGAGAAAGGAAAACAGAAACAAUAAAAGAACUGUCAAAACAUGUUCAAAAAACACAAGCCGAAACCGGCACCCUUGCCGACACCGACCGCGCCUCCCAUGUCCAACGGGACUCUGGAAAACAACAACUACAAGACGUCAGUGUCGCCCGUCACCAAUUCGCUCCAUUUUCACUGCCAGCUGGCGCACGGAAGCCCGACUGCGUUCGUCUCGGGCUUUUCCAAUGUCAGAGAACUCUAUCAGAAGAUUGCAGAGGCCUUCGACAUACCAACAUCUGAAAUACUAUUUUGCACGCUCAACACAUUCAAACCCGACAUGAAGAAACUGUUAGGUGGUCAGAUCGGUCUGGAAGAUUUCAUAUUUGCUCACAGAAAAGGUAGGCCGAAAGAAGUUGAAAUCGUAAAAUCGGAAGAUUCGUUGGGUCUUACGAUCACCGACAACGGCGCUGGAUACGCUUUCAUCAAGAGGAUCAAAGAAGGCUCCAUCAUUGACAGUAUACCCCACAUUAAAGUGGGGGAUCACAUAGAGAAGUUGAAUGGCGAGAGCAUGGUGGGUAAACGUCACUUCGAGGUGGCGAACGCGCUGAAACUUAUCCCGAAGGAUUCGACGUUCACCAUCAGGCUCGUCGAGCCUAUGAACAGCGGGUUCGGUAGUAUCGGCCCUAAGGGUUCGUCGAAAACUCCGAAGAAAAGCUACGGAUCCGGAAAAGAGACCCUACGAUUUAAGGCGGGGGGGAAAGCUCAGAUCGAAGAACAGGAUGACGCGAUGGACGCCGGCAUCGAAAAAAUCAACGUCGUUCUCGAGUCAUUUAUGGGUAUCAACGAUUCUGAACUGGCCACACAAAUUUGGGACCUCAGUGAAGGCAAACAGAACUCGAUGGAUUUCGCAGAAGCCAUAGACGACUCCGAUUUAGCAGCGUUCGAGUUCACGGACGAACUAAUCAUUGAACUAUGGGGGUGCGUGACAGACGCGCGCCAGGGCAGGCUUAAGUGAUAUUUUAGAUUUUAGUUUAUUAUAAGGUACAAACGUAUUUAAGUUGUAUUCGGGAAAACGCGUACAUUUAUAAGUGUCGAUUUUAUCGUAAGAAAAAGUAUCAUCCACAAUUUCUUAUCGAACAUAAUUAGUGUGUAUGAAUAUAAUAAUAAUUGACUGAAUUGUGUAGAAAUUAUUGUAACUUUCUUUAAAAAAAAAAAUACAAAUAAUUUUUAAAUAUCGUUUUGCAGAGAAUCUUGGCAAUGUGUAUGUAAGUGUUGUACCAAAAUGAAGUAAUUAAGCUCAUUUUAUACCCCCAAACAGCAGUUAUAGAAUUAAAUUUUGUUAAUAACAAAAGGUUCUUGAUUUGUA